UUUUCAUCAAAAAGUGAACAUCAUUCACUCAUUCAAUUUUCUGUGCAAAAAAAUGUCUUUUACAGCGAAAAAUCGAUAACAAAAAUAAAAAAUAAGGCGAAGAAACUUAUCGUGUAUUCAAAAUCAGAAAUUUUCGCGGCUUAAUAGUAAAAAGGUUACCAACCGAGUGCAGUUUAUUCUCACCUGACAGCUGUCAAGUUUACAUAAUUUUAAGGUUAGGAUUCCUUAAUAUCUCUUAAAAAUGUUUUCGAGAAAGAUCGUCGGUAAAAUAUUGAUACCUGCAGCUGUCUUAGUCUCCGAAAAAGGAAAAGAAAUGAAAUGUUGCAAACCCAGCGAAUUACCCAUUUAUACAAGUGAACCACCCCCAGAACCCAAAAGAAUUAUGAGAGACCCACCAACUAAAGUAGAACAAGAAAUUGGAAAUGUUCGAAGACAAAUUGUUUCAUUGUCAAGUCAAUUAACAGCAAUUCAAGAUUACGCUGUUGAUGCAGUUGAAGAAGCUUGGUGUGAAUGUGAAGGAGUGAUUGAGUACCUUCAACAAGAAGAUAACACAACACCUCGAUAUGGUGCUAUAGCUGUGGGUGGUUUAGCCGGUUUUAUUCUUGGUUUACGUGGUGGAAAAUUUAGAAAGCUCCUUUUUACAACAAUUGGAGCUUUAGGAAUGGCAGCGGUUUGUUAUCCAACUGAAGCUGCUGAAUACUCAGAACAAAUCAAAGAGGAGGCAAUUCAAUAUUUUAGAAUUGCAUAUAACUUUUAUCAUGGAGUUAAAAAAGAUGAUCCACCAUUAGAAUUACCAUCAUUGCCAUCUUUACCAAGUAUUCCAAAAAAUUUUUCAGAAUUUAUGAACUUAUUUUCCAGUAGUUCUAAUAAAAAUUCUGAUUCUUCAGUUAUAGGAGACAAGAAAGAAAGUUCGGUAAAAGAAACGGAAGCAAAGACUGCAGGAUAAUUUACUAAAUGGACUAAUAAUUAAACGGGAAUAAAUAGUUGCUUAAAAA